UCCGCCCGUCAUUUCCUCUGACUCUCUCUGAAUCACAGGUGAGUAAGCGGCUGCAGAAUGUGCAGCGUGCUCAGACCUGCUGCAGGACAGCAGAGCGGUUAAAACCCGGCGCUCGCCCAGAACCAGAACAUUCUCCUCAGCUGAUUUCUGGAUCCACCGACAUGCAGAGCUGCUGGGUUUUACUCUGCGUGGUUCUGGCUGCUCUGGGCUCGGUCCAGACCACCUACACCUCCUACUUUUCAGAUGUUUCAUUAAGCUCCGUCCUCCCGUCUCGUCCUGCAGCGGCCUCCCGCUGUGAGUGCGGCGGCCGGGCGCGGCUCUGCCAGCGGGACGCCUGGGGUCUGCGCUGCCUGGACUGUCAGGGAAACACGGAGGGUCGGCACUGCGAGCGCUGCAAGGACGGAUUCUACCAGCAGGGGGCGCGGCUGAGCUGCACGCCCUGCAGCUGCAACCCCGCAGGAUCUGUUAGCAACACGUGUGACAGCAGGGGGCGCUGCAGCUGUAAGGACGGCGUCUCUGGAGACAAAUGUGACCUUUGCCCCGACGGCCCGAUGGGAGCGGACGGCUGCAGGAGGAGGCGCCAGGAAAGAGAGGAUUCUGGGAGUUUGACUCUGCCGUGUUUCUGUUACGGACACAGUGAGCGAUGUUCUGCUCGGCCUGGUUUCUCCGUCCACAACGUCUCCUCCACCUUCAGCUCAGGUCCGGACGGCUGGACGGUGGCGACGGUCCAGCGCACGACUCCUCAGGACGUUCUGUUCCGCUGGUCGCCCAAACACCAGGACCUGGAGGUCAUCUCCAAACAAAGCCUGCCCACUUACCUGUACGCACCAGACGCUUACCUGGGGAACAAGCUGCUGAGUUACGGCCAGAACUUGUCCUUCUCGCUGCGUUUGGACCGCGGCGUUCGCCACCCGUCCACCAGCGACGUCGUCCUGGAGGGCGGCGGCCUGAGAGUGGCUGCGGCGCUGGGGGACCUGAGGGCCGUCGUCCCCUGUGGGAAGAAGAUCAGCUACACCUUCAGGCUGGAUGAGAAGAGCAGCAGCAAGUGGAAACCUCAGCUUUCCUCAUUCGAGUUCCAGAAGCUUCUCCAGAACCUGACGGCCAUAAAGAUCCGGGCCACGUUCGGAGAGGAUGGACGCGGUUACCUUGACGACGUGAACCUGGUUUCGGCUUGGCGUGGGGACGGCGUGGCGGCCGGCUGGGUCCAGACCUGCACAUGUCCACCAGGAUACGAGGGCGACUUCUGUGAGCGCUGCUCGGCCGGGUUCCGGCGCCGGGCGCCGUCAUCCGGGGCCUUCAGCGCCUGUGAGCCGUGCAGCUGCAGGGGGGGCAGCUGCGACCCCCAGACCGGAGACUGCUACUCCGCCGACGAGACGCCCGGCGAGCGGAGCUGCUCCGAGGGCUUCUACAGAGACCAGCAGGGGAGCUGCGAGCGCUGCCCCUGCCCGGACAGGACGUCCUGCUCCCUGCAGGCCGGAGCGCUGGAGCCUCAGUGCCUCCGCUGUCCGCCGGGAACCUUUGGGUUUUACUGCGACACCUGUCGGGAGGGUUUCUAUGGCGACCCCGCAGGCCUGCGAGGCGCGCAGCGACCCUGCAGACCCUGCAGCUGCAACGGCCACAUCGACGUCAACGCGGCGGGAAGCUGCGACCGCUCCAGCGGAGAAUGCCUGAGGUGUCUGAACAACACGACGGGUCGGUUCUGUGAGAGCUGCCUGCCCCGGUUCUACCGCGACCCGUCCGGCACCGCCUGCAAACCCUGCAGCUGCAACAUCCUGGGCUCAGAGGACGGCCAGUGCGACGCGGCCGGCCGGUGCCGCUGCCGACCCGGUUUCCAGGGUCCGAGGUGCGACCGGCCCGACUGCCCCACCUGCUUCACCCCCAUCAGGAAGAAGAUGGAGCUUUACUCCAUCAAACUGAAGGAGCUGGAGCUCCUGUUCUCUGAACCGGGUCGGGUUCCGACCAACCGGGCCGAGAUGGAGGCGGCUCUGAGAGCGAUGGAGGGUCUGAUGAAGAACCUGCAGCAGGACGCCGAGCAGCUGACGGAUCAGGAGAAGUCGCUGCAGACUCGCCUGUCGUCCAUCAGCAGCCGUCAGCUGACUGAAGAGCAGCAGGUCCAGAACAUCUCACAGACGGUCAAACACAUCGGUCAGCAGCAGCGGACCUUCAAGUCGAAGGUGCAGGAGGUCGAGACGCUGAUCGGUGCCAUGAAGAAACUUCUGGACGAGGCAAAAACCAAAAUCCAGGCCGUGGAGCUUCCUGUCCGCGAUGAUCCGCUGACUUCAGGCUCGCUGUCCUCGCUGGUGCAGCAGGCGACAGGACUGGCUGAUGAACACAAGACGGCGGCGGACUCCGUGGAGCAGACGGCCAACGAGGCUCUGAGCGACUCCAAGCAGAGUCUGGAUCUGGUCCGGACUCUGAUGAACAAGGAGAACAAAGUCAAGGAGCUGAUUGGAGAUCUGCAGGAUCUAUAUGAUAAAACCUCAGCAGAUGUGAAGAGUUUGGAGAAGCGAGCAGGAAGUCUGAGUGACGACGCCAAACAGGAGACCAAGAUGGCCGACAGCAUGCUGAAAGACAUUUCCAGGCUGGAGAAGAACCUCCCAUCGUCGAUGAAGGACGCUGUGGACGCCAUGGCAACCAGGCUGGACGCCCUGAAGGAGGCGGCGCAGAAGAACAUGUCCGCCGUGGACGAUCUGCUGGGCGCUGUGGAGGACGACCGGACCGACGCCGAAGAUCUGCUGGAUCAGGGACAAACCGCCCAGCAGGAGUUCAACGAGCUGCUGGACCGGGUCAGAACCGCUAAGGCUGAAACCGACAAGGCUCUGCAGAGCGUCGGCCCCAACAACGACCUGGACGACACUCUGAGCACCUUGAGAGGUUUUGACCAGCAGAUCAGCGACAGUAAAGCUGAAGCCGAUGAAGCCAUCAAGCGUCUUCCGAACAUCGACGGCACCAUCCAGGCAGCUGUGGGUAAAAACGGCCAGGCCCAGUCGGUUCUGGACGCGGCGUCCAAAGAUCACGACGAGGCGAUGGGAAACAUCAACGCGCUGGACGGCCUGGCUAAAAACCUCCAGAACACGGCCGGGUCGCUGCCGGAUGCUGGUGGUUUGGUGAGCGAAGCCGACAAACUGAACCAGGAGGCCAAGAACCUGAAGGCCGGAGCGGAGCGGACGGCCGAGGGUCUGAGGGACGGCCUGAAGGAGGCGGAGGAGCUGGCUGCUGGAGCCCAGGAGGCGGCUGCCGGAGCCACCGCGGCGCUCGCCAACGCCAAGCAGAGCAAAGACGCCGUUCAGGAAACGCUGAGAUCCGUCAGCAACAUGCUGGCCAACCUGAACUCCGGACCCGUUGUGGACGAGGAGCAGCUGCGGAGGCUGGAGGAGGCUCUGGGCCGGGCCGAGGCGGAGGUUCUGGUCCGCCUGCGGCCGCAGCUGGACGACAUGGAGGACCAGGAGGAGGCGCAUCGCCGCCGCCUCGCCGCCAUCAACGCCGACAUCGACAGCAUCCUGAGGGACAUCGCCAACCUGGAGGACAUCCGGGACAGCAUCCCUGCUGGCUGCUACAACACGCCGCCCAUCGAGGAGCCCUGAGCCGCAGGGCGGGGGUCAGGGGUCGCAGGGCAGGGGUCAGGGGUCGCAGGGCAGGGGUCAGGGGUCGGGGGUCGCAGGUCAGGGGUCGCAGGCUUCAGACGCUCCAGAAGGGGAACGGUUUUCCUCCUCCUGGGAGUUUCCAUCUGCUGGUGUUCAUAUCAAACCCUCCUGAGGAACCGGUUCUGGUCCGGAUCGGUCGGUCCGCUCUGCUCAUUUUAGUGUUCAGAUUAUUUUUCUACAAAAUAAAUAAAAACAACCGAACUUGUUGAGGACAACAAACCCUGGAGAACCGGCUGACGUCUUUAUAUACUUUAUUAUUUUACGGUCAGAUGUUUAUAAAAUCAGUUUAUCAGUUUUUACAUAAAUUCUGCAUUAUUUAACAAUCCACAGUUUGAAACUUUAAAGUUUUAAAUUGAAUUCGUCCAAACGUUUCCAUGUGUAACCAUGGAAACGGUGGCUGUCAUGGCGUUUCUUAGUGUUCAGGUUAUUAAAACCUUUUUUUCAGUAUUUAUGUGUGAAUAAGGAGAGAAAACAUUUUAAUUUCUCCACUUUCUGCAGGUUGUGGGAGCCGCUGGAACAUGAAUUUAUAGAUUAACAGAUUAUUGUUGCUCUGUGAUGAUCAGUCAGAUGCAUUUUUUUAUCUUUUCUGUAUUUAUACUUGUACAGAUUCAUAUCUUUUGCUGAUAUGAAAAAUGUUUUUCUUUAGUUUUGUUACAAAACAUGUUGGAUCACUGAACAACAGAAAUAUUAAGCUUCCUUAUUGAUUUCUAAUAAAAUCAAUUUCAAACCUU